AGAAGACGUCGCCGAAGAAGAAAAAGAGCCGAUUCCAGCUUGUCAAUGGAAACUGAAAGCAAUCUCGAGCACUUGACAAGGCUCCUUCGACAGAGUGACUGAUCCCAGCCAGAAGCAGAACAGUCUGCAGUCUGAAGUGGAUAGGUGAAGCAGGUGUGGACGCAUCCGGAGCCUGGAGGAGGACUGCUUCACCUGCGCAGAGAAGGAUCACAGGAAAGGAAGGCGGUGGACACGACGAGUGCCGCAGAUGGCUGGCUUCCUGGAUAACUUCCGCUGGCCAGAGUGGGAGUGCAUCGACUGGGGGGAGAGGAGGAACGCGGUGGCGUCUAUUGUCGCUGGAGUUCUGUUCUUCACAGGCUGGUGGAUCAUGAUUGAUGCAGCCGUGACGUAUCCAUCCCAGGAGCAGAUGAACCACGCGUUCCACACGUGUGGCGUCUUCUCCACCAUAGCAUUCUUCAUGAUCAACGCAGUUUCUAAUGGCCAGGUGAGAGGAGACACGUAUGGAGAGGGCUGCCUCGGCAGGACAGGAGCUCGUCUCUGGCUGUUUAUCGGCUUCAUGAUGAUGUUUGGCUCGCUCAUCGCCUCCAUCUGGAUCCUGUUCGGCGGCUACGUGGUGCCGAAGAAGGAAGUGGCGCCCGGGCUGGCUGUCUUCUUUCAGAAUGCUUUCAUCUUUUUUAGCACUCUGAUCUACAAGUUCGGCCGGACUGAAGAUUUAUGGGGUUAGAGAGUCUUAUUACUGACUGUGUGUUACUGGCACGCACACACGCACACACACACACAUACACACACAGUGAGUCAACAUGUUUUUGUAACCACCACAAAUUCAUGAAUUUAGAGUAUUUUAUCACUGGCAUUUGCUUUUUAAAGAGAAACUCAUGAGUGCUGCUACACACACACACACACACACUCUUUAUUUGUGUUAGAAGCUUUUGUAAAUGACUCGUUUGGUUCAACCUGUAUCUGUGCUGUUCUUGAGAAAAUCCUUUUAAAAGUGUUUGUAUUUAAAAUGAGGGAACUUUUAUCUGUUAUUGAGCUCCUUUUGGUUUCACUGUCUCUGAUGCAUCUCAAGUGUUCAUUCGUUUGUUCAGUGCGUUGAGGGCUGCGGUGAGUCAAAGGGAAGUCAUCAUUAGCGUGAGGACGGGCGUAUUUAUUGAUGGAAAUACAUUUUGAAGUGGAAGUGAGGGAAAAGGCCACUUCCUUCCUUGUGCUGUCGGGACUCGAGCUGCUCAGCACAUGCACUGGAUUUUACUGUCUUUUAGGUGAGAGAUGAGCCUCUCUGCCUCUUGUCGGUCUGACCCGUACUCAGGUCAGUUUCCUGUUGAAGGAUUGGUGGCUGUCGUUCUGUCUCAGGAUGAAGUGUUUUUUUAAUUGUCUGUUUUGUCCUUGUUUAGCUCUUGUUUCUACCAGAAAAUGUCCUGUAAAGUGAGAUGUAAGUAUUCCGUAUACUUGGGAUUUUUUUGGUAGUUUUUCAAGUAUUUAAGUAUAGAAGCGGUCAGACUGCUGUAGUAACAGUAUUAAAGGACAUGUGCAACAGAUCGUUUUUUAAUGUGCUAAGACUCUCGUACCGUAAAGCUUUGACCUGCAUGGAGUCAGAAUGAGAAGGAAAAACCCGCGAGGUGGGAUUCAGACUUACUUCCCAUCUUCUCUAAGCUACAUUUUUAAUGUCUGACUUGUCGUGAGCUUUAAAGUGAAAAAUAAACUGUUUUCUUGGAGAUGCUGGACCAUCUGAAUCUGUAGCUGUUGAAAAGCAGCAGAGGGCUGUUUGUUGUCACAUGAGCUCUGCAGGACGCGAUUCCCUUUUUACUCCAGUGAUACCACAGCGUAGAAAUACGUACACAAGUUUUACAGUAUAAAUAUUCUUUAAGUUCUCAUUGAGCAGAACGACCCAGUGGAUCUUUUUUUUUUGAUUAUCUAUAAUCUAUACUGCUGAUAGUUUGUCAAUUUCACUGAGGGAUCAAUAAAGUUUUAUCUUUAUCCAUAA